AUGGCCCCCACCUUUGUGACAUCAUUCACACAGUUGUUUGGGAAAGUGAAGUCUGUUGUGGAUGCUGCUGCAGGUUUGGCGAUGAUUUCUAGAGCGGUGGCUCAGACUUUUCCCGAGGUGAAGGUGACAAUUCUUGAUUUACCUCAUGUUACUGAGGUGAUGGAUAAGAGUGAAGGUAGGAUUCAUCAGUAUGUUGCUGGAGAUAUGUUUGAGUACAUUCCACCUGCAGAUGCCUUGGUGCUCAAGAAUUGCCACUCACUCAAGAAUUGUCACGGACUCAAUAUUCACUUAUGGGAUGAAGAGGAGCCGCCUACUUAUAUAGUUUUUCACAUUCUUGCCCUGGGCAGCUGCCCAGAGCAAGCCUUUACUGGCUACGCCCCUGCUCAAUACUAUAUGUUUUAUGUCUCUGUGGCAAAAUAUUUUAUGAAAAAAAGCGGUACAUUGUCACAAAGAGGAUAA